CGACAAGAAGAUGGCGGACUAUGAGGCCCUACGGAUGCGUAACGGUCACAUAUGUUAAAGAAUUGCAAGAAAAAAGGAUACACACGUAAGAACAAUCCAGCAUGGAGCAUAUAACAAAGGUUUCCGACUGACCGAGCUUCAAGUUUUACUUGGUUUUGCUGGGCACAACAAAAGUGGCCGUAAACAUGAGCUUCUCCUGAGGACAUUGUAUUUGCUGAAGCACGGCUGCAAGACCCACCGUGCAAAUCAAAGUCAACGAGCUUUAUCAACGUCACUACUUCAGGAUAAUAGAAACUACUACUACUUUUUCUACCAAGGGAGCAGUGAUACUGGUGAACUUUGACAACUCAAUUAGUGGGGGAUAUCCCAGUGACAAAGGCUUUGUGCCACUGCUGCACCCAUUGACUGUUUAGCCAGUUACUUUGUACAACACAAAGUCAGCAUGAAUCUUCAACAGCCCACUCCGCAUAUUCCACCUGUCCACCCUGAUGUGCAGAUGAAGUCUCUGCCUUUCUACGAUGUGCUGGAUGUCCUCAUCAAGCCUUCCAGUCUAGGAGCGAGCACUGUACAGCGAUACCAUCAAGAGAAGUACUUUAUCUUUGCCUUGACGCCACAGCAGGUUCGAGAAGUGUGCAUAUCCAGGGAUUUUCUACCAGGUGGCAGAAGAGACUACAUGGUUCAGAUUCAGCUAAGAUUUUGCCUCUCAGAGACAAGUUGCCCUCAAGAGGACAAUUACCCAAAUAGUCUCUGUAUAAAAGUGAAUGGAAAACUUUUUCCUUUGCCAGGUUAUGCACCACCGCCAAAAAAUGGAGUGGAACAGAAGAGACCUGGAAGACCUCUUAACAUUACCUCAUUGGUCCGACUGUCAUCUGCAGUACCCAAUCAAAUUUCAGUUGCAUGGGCGCCUGAGAUCGGAAAAACCUAUUCCAUGUCGGUGUACCUGGUGAGGCAGUUGACGUCACCGCUGCUCCUUCAGAGAUUGAGGAUGAAGGGAAUCCGGAACCCCGACCAUUCCAGAGCGCUAAUUAAAGAGAAGCUCACAGCAGAUCCAGACAGUGAAAUCGCCACAACAAGCCUUCGAGUCUCACUCAUGUGUCCGCUGGGGAAGAUGCGCCUGACGGUGCCAUGCCGGGCGGUGACCUGCUCUCACCUGCAGUGUUUUGAUGCUGCCCUGUACCUGCAGAUGAAUGAGAAGAAGCCCACCUGGAUUUGCCCUGUGUGCGACAAGAAAGCUGCGUACGAGAGUCUAAUCAUUGAUGGGUCAGUGAACACAAGUAAUCCAGUCAUGCUGCUCAGAACAAGUUUAUUCAUGGAGAUCCUAAAUGACUGCUCAGAUGUGGAUGAAAUCAAGUUCCAAGAAGAUGGGACGUGGUGUCCCAUGAGACCAAAGAAAGAGGCUGUCAAGGUGCCCUCUCAGUCCAUUCCAAAACUUGAGACUUCUACCCCUGUGCGUCAAUGUGCCGUUGUCCCCCAUACCCCUGAGCCCAAUGUCACCAAGAAGGCUGAUGUCAUUGAUCUGACGCUGGAAAGCUCAUCCUCAGACGAUGAGGACGAGAACAUGAAUCCACCUCUUAAGAAGCGCUGCCUCUACAUGUCAAAGAGUGAGGACAUGCACGGGAAGGGAGUGUUGACUUACCAACCUUCCACCAUGAGAGUGCAGAACGUCCAGGCUCUGGAAACGCAAUACUUGACCUCCGCCCUUGCUGAGUAUGCGGUUCCCUUCCACCACUCCAGCCUGGCCACCAUCCCCACAGACAUGCAGAGUGAGUCCAAAUCCUGGGGCCAGUUGCCCAAAGAACCUCCAGUAAUGCAUUACCGGACACCCAUGUUCCUGGAUAGCUUGACCAGCACCCUGCAGAGUGCGGCUGCUGCCACCACCAGCUCGGCCCUGGUCUCCUCCUCCAGCAGCCACUAUGAAGCCAGCGCCCACGCCACUAGCUCCACUCACGAGACCCAUGUAAUAACAGGGGGUGGAGAAGCCAGUGGAGGAGGUGGUGCUACCAGCAUAUCGGACAUCAUCUCACUUGACUGAACAUCUCGCUG